ACCAAUAAAGGAAAAAGGCCUAAUAGAAGAAGAAGAAGAAGCUGCGAGAUGCAAACAUCGCAAAUGGUCGAGACUCCCGUGACCAGAGGUCCCACGUUGCGACCCAGAUCUGGUCGGACUCCGCUUCAGCCCAAGAACUCCCCCGCCAAUCCCAUCCUCGAUCCUGUCACGCCCCCCAAAUCCAAGCAAAAACCGAUCGAAAUCUCUGUGAUGAAGUUGGAUUCCAACAAGGAGAAUCUUGAUCCCACGAAGCUGGAACCGCUGGAUGCGUCGCUAGCUGAGGAACUCAGUGCGAUCAAGAAGAAGCUGGAAAGGCUGAGAUCCGACAAAGAGAGGACCGAGAAGAUGUUGAAUGAGAGGGAUUCAGUGCUGGAUGGUUAUCUGAAGGAGAUGGAACUGAGAGGGCAAUUUCAGAAGUGCCUUGAGAUGGAGGUUGAUCGGUUGUUCCGACUGAAGGAGCUCAAGUCUCGCUGUAUGAGAGUUUCUCCAAUUAAGUCUUUGAGAGAAAAGGAGCAAGGAAAGACGAUUAGCGAUUCGCCGUCGGAGGUGAAGACACAGGAUAUGGUAGAGUCGGGGGAGGAAUAUGAGUCGCGAAGUCCAGGAUCAUCAUCAUCCCGAGUUGAUAUGCAGAAAACCUGAUCAUGAUUCUUGCACUUCCGUGAAUGAGCUUAAGGUUAAAACAGGGUGUGGGGAAGUUUCGAUUCAAUACAUAAUAACUCGUUAUGAAUGAGUAUACAUUUUCCACUCCUAUGUUUCACUUACAAUCAAUUGUACUGCUAGCAAGAGAUGAAAGAAGGAGGGGAUGAGAGAUGUUUGACCACAUUAUUUCUAUAUAAAGAAUAUGGCUUUUCUAUUAAAAUCUC